AUGGCAACAUUACGACGUCCAGGUAGAGUUUUUUCGAGUGAAUCAAGUGGUGGAGUAUCAUCAUCGGACGAUGAUGCACCAUCAACAAUAGUUGGCAAGUCGGCAACGAAUAAACCAAGUGAAUUAUCAUUAAAAGAUGAUGAAGAUACUAUUGAAUAUCAAGCACCGUUACCUGACUAUUAUGAAGAGGCAGGCGAAUCAGAUGAUGACCGACGAUUAUUACCGAGAGCCAACCAAUCAUCUGCAUCAGGAACCAUUGAUGAUGAACAUGAUAAUAGAAAACAAUUAUCAACAAAGAAAAAACGAAAGAAAAUUUAUUAUAUAUGUGUAUCCAUGUGCAAGUAUGAAUGUGUACGACGAGCAGCAAAACGACUAAAUUUUCGUGAAGUAGCUGAUGAAGAUGAUUGGAAUGUCUAUUGGACAGAUACAAGUGUUGGUAUUGAAAGAGUUGCACAAAUGAAAAAAUGGCAGAAAAUAAAUCAUUUUCCUGGUAUGAGUGAAAUAUGUCGAAAAGACUCUUUAACAAGAAAUAUGUGCCGUAUGAUGAAAAUGUUUCCAAAAGAGUAUUCUUUUUAUCCAAAAGCUUGGUGUCUUCCAGCUGAUUACAGCGAUUUUGCUAAAUACUUCACGGAGAAAAAAUAUAAAACUUACAUAUCAAAACCAGACGUUGGGUGUCAAGGUCGGGGUAUAUUUAUCACAAAAAAUCCAACUAAAGAUAUCAAGCCAACGGAUAAUUUUGUUGUACAAGUGUAUGUGAAUCGACCAUUUUUACUUGAUGGAUUCAAAUUUGACUUACGUGUUUAUGUUGCUGUUACAUCGUGUGACCCAUUUCGAAUAUUCGUUUAUAGAGAUGGUCUUGCUCGUUUUACAACACAACAAUAUGAAGAACCAUCAAAUUCCAAUUGUAAAGAUAUUUUUAUGCAUUUAACUAAUUAUGCUAUUCAAAAACGUUCCGAUGAUUUUAUCCGAGAUGAAGAUUCCGGGACGAAACGUCGAAUAACAACAAUUAAUCGAUGGUUAGUCGAACAUGGUUAUGAUAUUAAUAAAUUAUGGAUGGAUAUUGAUGAUGUUGUUAUAAAAGUUCUUAUAUCUGCACAUUCAGUUCUCAAACAUAAUUAUCGCGCCUGUUUUCCAAAUCAUUAUCGUGGUAGUGCUUGCUUUGAAAUUCUGGGAUUUGAUAUAUUAAUUGAUCGAAAAUUGAAACCCUAUGUCCUUGAAGUAAAUCAUUCUCCAAGUUUUACAACAGAUUCAAAACUUGACCGAGAAAUAAAAGAUGCUCUUAUAUAUGAUACAUUACUUUUAUUAAAUAUGCCAGCAGCAGAUAAACGUCGAUUUAUUGAAGAAGAAAAGAGACGUGCCAAAGAAAGACUUUUUCAAAAAAUUAAUAAGAAAGAUAAUAAAUAUCGUGAAGAACAAGAAGAUCUUGCUCAACAAUGGCAAAAAGAAAUUGAAAAAUGGGAAGAGCAACACAUGGGAAAUUAUCGACGAAUUUAUCCAGGUCCUGAUAGUGCACAAAAAUACGAUAGAUUUUAUACACAAUCUGGAACACUCUAUUCGGAGACAGCUGCUUCAAAAGCUCGACUUGAGCAAGCAAAAGCACAAAUUGAUGAACUACAAAGAAAACAAGAUAAAUUCAAUGCAAUUAAAAAUCGAAAAUCACUUUCCGGUACAGUUAAUCAGAAUUCAAGAGAAGUUCCUGGUGAAAGUCCAACACGACGACCCCUACCCAUUGUUAAACCAUCAAGAACUUCAUCGUUCAAUCGAACACCAUUGAAACGUCUUACAGCCAAUGCUAAUUUAACUAUUUCACCUGCUCAAACUUAUGGAGAAUCAAUGAAACCGCUGGAUAUUGAUGAAAAUGAAGAAUUUGAACGAAUGACAUUAUUUAAACAACGAGAAACACUCAUUCGUGGAAUGGGCGUAAUUGAUAUGUGUCAUCGUUUGCUAUUUGGUACACCAGGAACUAUGGCCAAUGUGCCCAUGAACACUAAUAUGAAUGCACCAGCCAACGUACAACAACAUAUUGCAGUACCUAUUGAUAUUGCUGAUUCAUCACAAAACCUUUCUUUACUUCAAUAUGCUGCUUCAAAACUACCCCAAGGACACGCUAAUCGAUAUCCAUCAAAUAAUGGAGUAUCUUCACAAGUGUUUCAACAAUAUUUUAGUAAUCAACAGCAACAAAUGCAAUCGAAACUUGAGACUCGAUCAACACGAAAUGGAACAACACUUUCACAAAAUAGUUCAAGAAACGGGCGUUAUCAACAAGCACUACGUUUAACAGAAAAUAAUCUUCAAUAUAACAAUACUACUAGUAAUAGUAAUAGCAUCAAUCGAAUACUACUACCGACAAAUCCUAUGCCACAAUUAUCAACAAAUUUAUUACCUAAGACAUCCAUGACUGCAGCGAAUUCAGCAAUCGAUUCAUCAAUACGAACUAAAAGUGCAAAUACAAUGCCACGAACACGGACAGGCGGUCUCUAUUUGGUUUCCUGCGGUACUAAUAUCACUCGUCUUCCUAUCAAUGCUAAUUCAAACGGUGGAAAUGUUGCUUCAACAACAAAAGAAAUAGCUGUUAACGGCUCAUCCAUAUCAGCCAGUAAUAAAUUAGAGUCUCUAUGCGAUAUGGCAUCACUUGAACAAUUCAAACGGCUUCAUUUAACUAAACUUUCAUCUAAUGAUACUGUGUUAUCAUCAACAUCUUCACCAACACCAAAAUAA